UUGAUAUCUUGCAGCGGAAGGGUUUAGAGACAGACACCGAACAUGGCGGCGCUCGGCAGCCGCGCAAAUCGCCCAGAAAACGGCGAAAAACCAAGCAAAUCUCCACUAGUAUCUCCCCAGAAAGUGCGAGAACUUCUCAACGAAGGGGUCGCUUCGGAAGACAACGUGUUAAAUUGUUCACAGCAGGAUCCAAACACACUGUCUCCAAAUGGCCUCGGGAAAGCUCCUUGUGAGGCAGCAAACAAAGAAGCAUUUUUCAACAGAGUGGAAUCCUACUCGUGUCUGAAAUGGGCCGGAAAGCCCCAUGCGCUCUCGCCGCUCAGAUGUGCGCGGUACGGCUGGAUCAAUGUAGACUGUGACAUGCUGAAGUGUUCUAGUUGCCAGGCUUUCCUCUGUGCAUCAAUCCAAGCAACCCUGGACUUCCAGAAAUAUGAAGCACGGAUUUCAGAGUUGCUACAACAGCUUCAAACUCAACAUGAGAAAUUCUGUUCCUGGCCAGAUUUCCCAUGUCCAGAUCGCUUCUGGAUGGUUCCUGUUAAUGAGCCUACGGUAUUACUCGGUGCCUUUCUAGACCGUUACAAGAGUGCUUGCCUUCUAGAACAGCAGCUGCCUGCUAUGAAGCCAGAGCAGCUAAAAACCAUGGUAUGGUGUUUUAUUUUAAAGGGAAGUCCAAGAAUAAUUCUUCUGUGCAUUCAUAAUCUAGUUUUGUUUUUUUCUCAGACCUUGACUGAAGAUGUAAUAAGUGUCCUCCUUCAGCUGAUUGAAGAUGAACAAGUGAAGCAGGGUGGUUCUCCUUCUAAGGUCUCAACAGAUCCAUGCUCUGUACAGGUGGCAGCAUGUAUCACAGCUCUUUGCGGUUGGGCAGCCAGCCCGUCUCUCUAUGCUAUGAAUCUGCCCAUCCUCACUUGUUCUUACUGCAUGAGAAAGGUAGGAAUGUGGAACUUCUAUCAAAUGGAGACCGUUUCAGAGAACGAAAACCCUCCGCAGUCUCCAACAUCUACAACCAACUUGACUCCAUCUCAAGGCACAAGUGGGGAAAAGGGGACGCCCCCCUCACCAUCCCAGUCCCCCACUCCGUGUCGCAUGAAGCUGCGUAGUCAAGACUCCACACGCUCUGAGCAGAUGGAGAGUACACCGUCCCCACAGGUCCACCGCGCCAGAAGCAGGGACUCACCUAUCCCACACGAGGAGCUUCCCAGCCCUCUGUCCAGGGGCAAGAGACCCAUGACUCGCAGCAGGGGCCAAGGAGAUAACCUGGCUCUGGAUGUGCCCUCCAGUCCACAGCGAAAGACAAAACGGCCACGUCUCUCCUCUGCCAGUGGCCCUGAAGGGCCCAUGCACAGAAACAUGUUUGACCCAGUAGCCCAGCACAGAGACUGGUGUCCUUGGGUGAGUGUGGACCGAGAGGAUGGCAAUCUAGACGGCUCUGACUGUGUUGACAGUGAGGCUGAGGUCCCUCAGCCAGGCUGGAAAGCAGCGCUUACUCUGUUCUUAUCCAUGAAGAGAAGUCUCAGUCCAGUGGGGGCCAGUCCAUCUCAGGGUCCUCAUGACAAAUCUAAAAGGGUAUUCUCGAUAUUCCGACAGUGGCAGGUAUCUUCCCCAUUCCAGUAAGUUGUUUCAGAAGGUGGACUGGGAAACCCUGGUGAUUGUUGUCAUAUAGUGGUACGCUGUCCUUUGUAACAAUGACAGUGGUUUUCAGAUUGUUUCUUGAUCAAGUGAGUCUUGUUUACAGAAUUGGGUUUGGUUGGGAAAGGGACAGUAAAUCCAAACGGAUCAAGCAGCCUGUGCUGAAAGACCUGGGGAUGGAGCAGGAAAGCCCGACAGAGUUCUUAGAAAUUGUAAUUUUACCAAACUGUUUUAAUCCUGGCCUGUCCAGUCGGCAUUAGAACAUCAAAAGACUGGUGACCGACACUUUUUACCUCGCAUGGACAACCAAAUAGGCCUCACCACCUCCCUGGGUAUGAGACUUCAUAGGGUUUUAGCCUAAAUUUAGGGGAAGCUUUAGUGAAGCUCCAUGAACUACACUGGAAGUCAUGUUAGUUUUAUCAAUGCUUUUCACAUAAUAGUUUAGCUAAGGAGAACCAGUGUUUUCAGGUUUGUGUGUGUGUUUUCUGCAUUGUCUAAGUAGGUAUAUUAUAUUUACUUCCAUAAAUGUGAAUGGGACGAACAACAUUUUUAUCUCUCUCAUUUUUUAAGAUGUUUAUCACCUUAAUCAUCUUUUACCCACAUGCCAGCUGAAAUAGAUGCCAUAUUUAGAAAAGAGUGCCAAUAUAAAUGAUUUUGCUUUUUGAUUCACUUUCUUUGGAAGUGCUGCUUGUAGUGCAUCAUGCAUGCCAUUCUUGUGCAUGUCUGUCUAAAUUUAAUAAACAUUUUCCUUUUGCUGGUUUUCACUA